GUGUUUUGUGUGUCUGUGUAGCGUAGUGCUUAUCUGCGGGGCCAGUUCCUCUCGAUUUUCCAUGCAAGGACCUGGAUGUGUAACUAAUUUCUCUAAAUGUCUGUAUUGAACACUAACUCCUGUAUUCAAGUGAAAGGUGAACGCAGAAGUCUUGGCACUCAUGUCCAGUAACCAGAAAAGAUUGUGAUGAUGAUGAUGAUGAUGAUGUCGUCCCCUAUGAUGAUGAUCAUAGGGGACGACGUGUUGUUGUGGUGGAAGAUGUGUUGUUUGGUGGGAGAGGAACACGUUUAUGGCACUUUUUUGUUGUUGUUUUGUUUUUGAGUCUGCAGCGCAGUAAGGACACACAUGGCAACACUAUGGAGCAGUCAGCACACUCUGGAGACUAAAUGAGACUGAGUGUGUUGUGUGUAUGUCUGCGUGCGUGUGUGUGUGAUGAGUUCACAAUAAAAACGUUUGAUAAAAAGUGCUGGACUGAUGUCUCGUGAAUGCAGGCAGUGUUCAGAUGACUGUGAGCACAUGUGGGAUGUUUUGUCUCAGCGCUGCCUUCCUCUGUGAAGAUGUGACUUCGAUUGGCUGCUUUCAGGAAGUGAUUUCUCGCGGUUUUCAGAGCUGAGCCUCAACUUACUAAUCAUUUCAUGCAGAAAACCACAUUUUAAAAGCGCAUUUCUCUCCGGGCACCGAAAGAUUAACCAGGUUUGUAUCCUCACCGAACGCUGUGGAGAUGGUUUUAUUGAUCCGGCUGCUGCUGUUGAUGAUGAUAAUGCUGAUGGUCAGAGCGCUGGGUCUUUUUUUCUGCUUCAUAUUGCACUGAUUGAUCAUGCUUGCGGGAUAUUCUGAACGUGCAUGUUCGUGGUGCACUGGAGGGCAGGUAGUUAGUCAACUGUUUGACUGCUGGGCAGCUUCACGUCUGAAACAGACACGUGCCUGACUGUGCCCACAAAAAUCUGAAUCCGAAUCAUUUCAGCCUGAGUCGGUAAGUUCGGAUUUUAAAUGAUUGAAAAUCAAAUCUCCUUCAGCCCAAACAGAUAUGAGAUGACACAUUUUUAAUACUACAGCUUUUUAUUUUAUUUAGGUUUUUCUAACCUGAUAUUUGCCCUGAAACGUUCAAGGCACGUUAAAAAUCAGAGUUUGGCACAGUGUGGGAGGCAUGAAUCAUUUGGUGCUUUCACGUCUAGAGGCGGUUUAUAAAUUUAAUUUCAAAAUAGAGCAGGACAUGUUUGACUAGAUUAUGCAAAAACAAUAAGGAAAUCAAUUUAGUCAAGCACAACCAAAAAACACACAUGGACAAAACUCUUUUCAGACGAGACAAAGUUCUGCACAACAACAGUCCUCUCUGUCGGCCUAUCGCUCCUCUCCGGGCAGCAGGGGCCUACCUUCUCCGGCUGCCUUUAUCGGCUUCGGGCUUCAUAUCUUCAGCAGCACGGUGUCCGGAUGCCCAUCACGCCGUCAAACGUCUAAUCGAGCCGGGGCAUGUGGCGCUUUGAUUUCCUGUCCUUCAUGUACUGAUAGGCUGCUCUGCCUUCCCCAGUGAGACCUGGAGCCAUCACAGUGAUCCGAGAAUACAUUUGAUUGGUCCAAACUGACUUGAGCUGAUUUGUGGAUUAAAUAUGUCUGUGUUAAAUGUUAAACUUACAAAUGUCAAAGAAUGAUCUAAAUGUUUGGGCAUUGGUCAAACUAAAAUAUUUGUUUUUAAAAAUGAGAUUCGGCACAAAAGGACAAACACAGAGCAGUAACACACACUUCCAAUGAAAUAUUAAUGCUUUCACAUUUAUUAUUUUUUUGUGGUAAUCAAAGUUCCUCUUUCUCACAUCACUGCUUUGAAAAAUUCAUUUGUUGCAUCUGCUUUGGAUAAAAGGCACCAGGACGCACGGCCCGCUCUUUGUUCUGUGCAUGAACAGGCGCUACAAUCCGUGCACAGAGAAGCAAACUGUGUGUGUGUGUGUGUGUGUGUGUGUGUGUGUGUGUGUGUGUGUGUGUGUGUGUGUGUGUGUGUGUGUGAGCUUCUUUCUUCUCUGUAUAAUGACCAGCGUAAUGUGAAACUGUCACCGCAGGCCUGAGGACGGUGAGUGUCUGUCACAUAAUAACAGUCUCCUCCAGCUGACCACCAGACCGAUGCCAAACUUCUGUCAUGUGCGUUUAAUGUGAGGAUUUUAUUCUGAAUUAUUCCUGUUUAAUAAACAGCUGGAUUCUAAUUUUGUUCCACGUAUUUUAGGAGAAAAAAACUCCUGAAGCUGCGGGGAUGUACAGACUGUGUGACAGUUCAAAGUGAAGAGGAUUAUCUGUAUUAAGGACUCUGUUGGUUCAGACUUCCCCCCCGCCUUUUUAUUACCACUACAUGCUACAUGUUUGCUGUGACACCCUGGGGUGCGCCUCCGCGUUUCCUCCCUCCCUGUCAGAUUGAGUAAGGCGCCGAUAAGGCCUGUAUCACUUCUCUAGAUUAUUGCCACAGGCUCCUCUGGAGACACGAGCUGCAGCCUGAUCACAAAGACAGGAGGUGUGUGUGUGUGUGUGUGUGUGUGUGUGUCCUUCAGAUUCUCGCUGAUUGGUUUUAUUCUUAAAAUAAAGAAUGUGUCCUCUGGUGUGUCUUGAAACAGAGUCAUACACUGCGUCACACGUGUAUUUGCAUUAAGGAGAAGUGAUAAGAAGUCGCCCCCUCCGCGCACUAUUUAACCUGUAACAACAUACGUGCUGACUAAAAACACCCCGCAGGCAGAUCUGCUUUUUGCGUGCCGCGCAGUGAGCUGGAGGAGCCGCUGCAGAGACACCUGUCCGCGCCAACACCUGGCAGGCGGGACGGAGUACUGUGUGCGCAUGCUCCGUGGACAGGUUGAAAUCUCUUAAAGAACUUGGCCCCCGGCGUCUCUCCACCAGUGGAGAUCAAAUCUUUGCAGGGUUCACAGCGAGCAGCGAGCAGCGAGCGCCUCACCCCGAACACUGCUCCGUGCAGCUGGAUUACUGCUGCGGCUCGUCUCCUUCUUCUGCUCUCAGAUCAGUUGUUGUGCUCUCAGAUCAGAGAUGCCUCGCUCCUUCAUGGUGAAGAGUAAGAAGGCGCACAGUUACCACCAGCCCCGGAGUUUAGAGGACGACUACAGCCGGCUGGACACUAUUCUGGCGCACAUAUGCUCAGAGGCGGAUAAGCUCCCAGAAGACACCGACCCGUCGGUGGACAGAUACGGCCUCUCUCCGGACUCACACCUGGCUGACGCUGCUGAUUUCUCCCCGAAGUCCCCGCUGAGCUGCGCCGACAGUCUGUGCGGCCGCUCCACGGACUAUGAGGACUUCUGGAGGCCUCCGUCCCCCUCUGCCUCACCGGUUGAUUCAGAGAAAUCCCUGUCUCCUCUGGUGGAUGAGGCCCAGCCCUUCACUGUUCCCUUCCGGCCGUACGCAUGGAGUAGCUACCCAGGGCCGGGGCUGAGGCCCCUUGUGCAGCAGGGCCUCCACCCUGGCAUGGAGGUGGACAGGGGCCCGGCGGGGAUGACCUUCUACGGGGACAGGAACGUCCACUCGGGCCUGUACUCGGACCAGGCUUUGAGUGAGGAGCCUUACGGCGGCUACAGGAGGCACGCAACUGCUCUGCUGUUUCCUGAGGGAGGCCUGCAUGGAAAGACCCACAAUGUGAAGGCCCAGUCUGACCUGCUGUGCUCCAGUCUGAUCCUCAAUGGUGCUUACAAGUGUGUCAAGUGCAGUAAGGUGUUUUCUACUCCGCACGGUCUGGAGGUCCACGUCCGCAGAUCGCACAGUGGCACCCGGCCAUUUGCGUGCGAAAUCUGCGGCAAAACCUUCGGGCACGCAGUCAGCCUGGAGCAACACAAAGCCGUGCACUCUCAGGAAAGAAGUUUCGACUGCAAGAUAUGCGGUAAGAGUUUUAAGAGGUCGUCCACGUUGUCGACGCACCUGCUCAUCCACUCCGACACGCGGCCUUACCCCUGCCAGUACUGCGGGAAGAGGUUCCACCAGAAGUCAGACAUGAAGAAACACACUUUCAUUCACACAGGUGAGAAGCCACACAAGUGUCAGGUGUGUGGAAAAGCGUUCAGCCAGAGCUCCAACCUCAUCACCCACAGCAGGAAACACACCGGCUACAAACCGUUCGGCUGCGACCUCUGCGGCAAAGGUUUCCAGAGAAAAGUAGACCUGAGGAGGCACAAAGAGACGCAGCACGGACUCAAGUGAUCUGUCCUCACUGCUCAAACCAUGUCAUGUCAUCUGACUGCAGAGUCUCUAUGAUCACUCCUCAAACGAGUGAGGACAAAGACGCCACAGACUGAAGACGAAUGCGCCUUUGUUUGGACAUUUCUUGGAUCACUUUGAUCCUCUUUUGUAAAAAUGUGAAGGAGCAUUGGAAACAUAUAUGUAUAUAUAUAUAUAUAACUAUAUAUAACUAGAUAUAGAGUAUAUAGAUAUAUAUAGUUAUAUAUAUAGUUUAUUAUUUAUUAUUUACAAAGGGAAAAAAAGACAUUAAACCUCGACGGACAUUUUUCUGGCAACGCUAAUUAUUCUCCAUGAAGGUCCAGACAACCAGAGAUAAGCUGUGAACUGCAGACGUGAAUGAUGGAGUGUGACACAGUCACUUCAUCGUGUGAUAGAAUCAGCUUGAUGGGACAAUAAAAGCCCAAAUGUUUGUACUCCACUCGAAAAACCGGAUCGACAGUGAAACCAUCAGAGGGAAAAAUCUGCGCUCCUCCACAGAGCGCCCUGUUGUCGGUUUGGAAACGAUGCUGGCAAAACAGCCUCGUCACUGUGUGAUUUAACAAACAGCCGAGCUCUUACCUUCCACCUUUUUACGUUUUGCACAUUUUAUUGUCAAAAUUAACUUUUUCAGAAUAUUUUUCUCCUCUAGGAAAUGUUCUUUUCUGUUUGGUUUUUAUUGAAAUAAUAAUAAUAAUAAUAAUAAUAAUAAUAAUAAUAAUAAUAAUAAUAAUGUUUUUUUAAAAAUGCAAUAAAAUGUAAAAGUGGAAUGGUCUGACAUUUAUUUCUUCGGAGGUUUCAUCAACGAAAAGUAUUUUUUGACACCUUGCAGACCCCAUAGCUCACAGGCCGAGAGUCAAUUUAUUUUGUGUUAUUUAAUAUAGCAUAAUGUGUAAAGUGCUUUGUUAUAAUAUACAUAUAAAUAUAAGAGAAUAAGAUCUUUGUUUUCAGCGUGUUUACACUGUUAAAAAAAUCCCUGUAGAUUUCACAGUGAAAAAAACAAAAAAACAAAAAUAUGCCAUGAAGUGUGACUGUGUUUCCCUACAGUAAAACACAGUCACACUUCAAACCUGUAUUGCUACAGCAUUUUAAGGGAAUAAAUACUGUUCAUUAUACAGUAAAGCACUGUACAACCGCAAUGUUGGAAAA